AUGACGCUUCUUUUUGGACAACUGGUGAUCGGCGCUCCUGGAGCAGGAAAGUCGACCUAUUGCAAUGCCAUGAUUCAAAUGCUAAAAGCGAUUGAAAGACCUGCAUUAUACGUAAAUCUAGAUCCUGCAAAUGAUUUGGUCCCAUGUCAAUGUGAUAUUGACAUUAGAGAAUUGAUAACAGUUGAGGAAGUUAUGGAGAAGUUAAGGUUGGGUCCGAAUGGAGCGCUAAGGUAUUGCAUGCAAGUUCUAAUGAAGAAUAUCGAAUGGUAAGACACCUUUUUUUGAUUAGUUCUCUGCUUAGGCUGAAGAAGAAGCUUGAAAACCGGAAAGAGUACCUUAUUAUUGAUAUGCCUGGUCAACUGGAACUUUACAACAGCGAUUUUUCCAUUCGUAAUAUUGUGUCGACGCUUGGCAAAUACGAUUUGCGGCUUUGUGCUGUCCAUUUGAGUGAUUGCAUGCAUUGUUCCGAUGCCGGAAAAUUUGUCGCUGUUGUAUUGAGCACUCUAUCUGUGAUGAUCAACCUCGAGAUCCCUCAACUUAAUGUUCUUUCCAAGAUCGAUCUACUCCCAGAAAGUUUGCCCUUUGAUCUCGACUUCUUCGAGGAAGUUCCGAAUCUCAGAUAUCUCGUGGAAAGGCUAGACGUAAGUAAACGCUUGUCAUGUUUGCAAAUUGUAGGAUCAUCCAGCCCUCCGAAAGUACAAAGAUAUGUGUGACAAACUCUCAAUGGUAGUAGAAGAUUACAAUCUUGUCAGCUUCCUUCCACUUGAUGUCAUGGAUAAGGAAAAACUGUUAAAAGCUCUUCAGUUCGCCGAUAAGGCUAACGGCUUUUGGUUCCUUGAUAAAAAAGAUGUCAGAGGGCUUGUAAUAAAAUAA